AUGGGUUCGUAUCACAGUUUCGUCACGGAAGAUGACAAUGUGACAGCAGCAGACGAUAAUACGACGGCCAUAUUGGAUCAAGAUGGCGGCACAAACAGCCCAUUUUCGGUAAACAUCACCGAAAGCGGGAUUUCGCCAGAGCAUCAAAAGUUGUUCGAUGAAAUUAUAUUUGCGACGAAUAUGAUAGUUCCGCCAAUAAUAAUAUCUAUUGGAAUAAUUGGGAAUAUUUUAUCAUUCCUUGUGCUCAGAAAGAAGAAGUACGCCAAACAGUCCACAUGUGUUUACAUGCGUGCUCUGACUUUUUUUGACUCUUUCACUUUACUGGUGUAUGCCUUCCAGCGAUAUCUCCUGAAACUGACCCCUGACACGUUUUGGGCAAAUGGGGAUGCAUUCUGCAAGGAGUUCAUAUUCGUGGCUUAUUUGAGCAUGUCAAAUUCUCACUGGACACUGGUCAUGAUGACAGUGGACCGGUUCAUAGCUGUAAGAUUCCCGCUAAAAAGUGUGACAACGUGCACGCCACGGCGGUCGAAAAAAUGCAUCCUCGUAAUGGCUGUGGUUGCUACACUCUUCAACACGCAGCAAUUCCUCAGGAUAGCAAAUCCGCACGCGAACGUCUUAAAAUUCAAAUGUCCCUUCGAUUACACUAUUGUUUCACCAGCCUACGAACUAAUCUUCCAACACAUUCUGUCGUAUUUAGUCUUUUACACGCCUCUGUUCAGCUUACUCAUCCUAAAUGUUUUGAUUGUCUACAGCGUCACGAAACGUGGAAAAAAGUCGAAGAAGCUCGGGAUUUCGGAUGCGGUCCGGGGUGAUUCGCUGCGCCGGUUCCGCCGGUGCCAGGAUAGGCAGAUUACGGUCAUGCUUCUGUUGGUGACCUGGGUGUUCACAAUCGCCGUCACGCCUUUUACGCUAGAUCACCUGUUCUGGGAUGUGAUCAUGCCACAUCUUGAAGACACAGACCCGUUCUUACGAGAGUUACGCCACGUUUUAUACGAGAUAGCGCUAACUUGCAUCAUCAUAAACCCAGCUAUAAACUUUUAUUUGUACUGCCUCGGUUGCCAUAAAUUUCGAAACGAUCUGAAGUCCCUUUUCAGAAUCAUGUUCUUCAGACGAAAAGAUUCUGAAAUGGAUAAAGGCAGCACACAGAGUCAGCAUUGUGAUUCUAUUAUCAGCACGGAGACUAUUGAGACUGAUAGUGUCACAACAACCAGUAGACUCUGA